AUGUCCGUUGUUGGCGCGCAGCCUUUCAUUAAACCAAUGCAGCCAACACCUUCCGUCUCGCCCGGCAUCCAAAGGAGACACACGCUCCCCGCGAGCGAAGUGCGGCCGCUCAACACGCAAGAUGCCAUCAGCGUCUUCGAAAUCGAGCGAGAAGCAUUUAUCUCAGUGUCAGGUGAGUGUCCCCUCCACCUGGAUGAGGUGCGUCAUUUCCUCACCCUGUGUCCGGAGCUGUCCAUGGGCUGGUUUGAGGAGGGCCGGCUGGUGGCUUUUAUCAUCGGCUCACUCUGGGACCAGGAGAGACUCACUACAGACGCCCUGACUCUCCACAAGCCCUGCGGCUCCACCGUCCACAUCCACGUCCUCGCUGUCCAUCGCACCUUCAGGCAGCAGGGCAAGGGCCCCAUUCUGAUGUGGCGCUACCUGCAAUAUCUCCGCUGCCUGCCCAACGUGCGCCGAGCAGUGCUGAUGUGCGAAGACUUCCUCGUUCCCUUCUACCGCAAGUCAGGCUUCAAGGUUCUGGGGCGCUGCGCCAUCACCGUGGCCAACCUGACCUUCACAGAGAUGUGGUACCCCAUCAGCGGCCACGCGUACAUGCGGCGCAACAGCGAAGCCAUCCGCUUCCCUCAGCAUCCAUUGACUCUGCCGCUGGCAAAGACUGAUGAACAUGUAUGACAUGUGAGCGGGAUGAGAGAUCUGCAGAG